AUGCAGCGUUGCGGCGCGAGGCGAUUCGCGCUGGUAUUUAAUCAGCGGCUGCUGCGCUGGGAGCCAUGGUUCGGUGACGUCAGCAGCUGUGCGAUCUCGGAACUGUGCGAUCCGUCGACCGUGCAGCUCCCGCUGGCGCUCGAUCGCAGGAGUCGCAUGCCUCUGCGACGGCUGGGCGAAGCUGUCGCAGCUCGCACCGACAGCGAUAGCGAAGGCGACGACGUGUGCGACGACGCUGCGAUGCUGGCGAGUAACGACAUGGGAUGGCACGGCCGGGCGAUGGAGCCGUGUCCGGUGGUGGGGCUGGGGGCGUGGGAUGAUGCCGCGGGGAAUGAUGGCGCGGGGGGGGAUGGCGCGCCGGACGCGCCGAGAGACCAGUGGUCCUGCGCCCUGGUGCCGCGCUUAGAAGCCCGCGCGCGACAGCUGCAGCGCGCCCUCACGUCCUUCCACGUAACCAUCGCGACUUGGCGCGCUGUGCCGUUAACGCCCAGCGACCUCUCGCGCCUGCUGCUGUCCCUCGCCGCGCACUGCCCGUCGCUGCAGCGGUGCGUGCUUCAGGUCAAGGUGUCGGGGGAGACAGGGUGGCGGGGCGACCGCGGAGGUCAUGCUACUUGCGAGGAGGAGGCGGAAACGGGGGAAGAGGCGGAGGCGGAAGCGGAAGCGGGGAGUGCUUACAGCAGGGGUGCCAGGCGGAUGGGGAAUAGCGUGUGUGCUGCCCUCCGCGCGUUGCUCACCCAGUGCUCCGCCUUGCGCUCCCUCCACUUGCACCACACCUCCCUCACUCCCCACCUCUGCCUCCCCGCGUCCCUACCCGCCCUCGCCCCGCGCUUGGAGCACCUCUCCCUGCCUCUCCCUUCCAUCCCGCCAUGCCUCUUCCGUUUAUCAAGCCUCCGCUCGCUCUCCUUCACUCUCUCUCCCCCCAUCCAGCCACAAUUGGCGUCCGGGUCCCCGUUCUCCCACAUGACUCGUCUCUCCUCCCUCUCCCUGCAUCUAGACCUAGACGUUCAUGUGCACCGCGACCCUCCCCCGCAUCUUUUCCUCCGCAUGCUGCUCUCGCAUUGCCACCCUGCCUGCAUCCCCCCCUCCACGCUUCCCAUCUCACCGGACCUGUUCGCCGGGCUCGGCCCGAGCCUUCGCCGCCUGUCCCUGCGAAGCACGAAGUUAGACACUAACCUGUGGGUGAUGGACGGCGACUGGGGUGAGCAAGAGGUGCAAGAGAGCCUGGGUCAGGGCUCGGAGGAGAGAAGCAGAGAUGUGGAUGAGGAUGAGGAUGAGGAUGAGAAAGAGAUGAGGUCUUGGAGACGGGAAAGGUAUGAGCCGGGGGCAGGAGACCCAUGGGACAGAAACAGAGGGCCGGGCCCAUUCUCCCUCUACCGCCCGCACAGCACCCUCGGUCCGUGCCUUGCUGCAUUGUGCUCCCUCACAUCCCUCACUCUGUCUCUCCACUCUGUGGUCCCCGCGGCACUCUCCCAACUCUCCUCGCUCACUCGCCUUGAAAUGCCCGCAGCUGCAUUCGACCCACACGGGGUCAUUCUCUCUCUGCCCACCCUCCGCCAUCUUGACGUUGCCAUUCCAGACCUCUCCCUGCUGCUUCCCUCCCACGAACCAUCACCUCGUACCGAUGCGACCAGCUAUGUUGGUGCAUCUUCCUCGCGCCUGUCAACUACAGUUACCCUAGGGACAGCGGCACUGACACCAACAGGCGCACAUGCCACAGACACCACCACCACUUCCUCCUCCUCCUCCUUGUCCUCCACCACCGGAUUGCAUACCCUAGUGCUUCGCUCCACCGGCCGUCUCCUCAUCCCUCCCACCACCUCCCCAUACCCAUCUCUCCUCCACCUGGAGCUCCACUCACUGCCCUCUCUGCUUUGGCUCGGCCCUCACGACCGCCCCAUGCCUCCUUCCUGCUGCCUCUUCCCCAACCUGCGCUCGCUGCUGUGCGCAGUAAACGGCUCCAGGGGUGGAAUGGAAGUUGAUGUGGCAGCACUCCCCUCGCUCACGCACAUGUCAGGUGGCCCGUGCCUCUUGCGCACAGACACCACCCCGCCGCUCUACCCCCGCCUGCAAUUCCUGCUUCUGAAAUUCACAGAACCUCCAUACCCUGCCCCGCUCUCUUCCUUCACACAGCUGCGCUUUCUCUGCCUGGGGAUGGCCGGGUUGCCAUGGCAAACGGCCCUGCUCCCUGCCCUCAGCUCGCUACCGCUCUUGCGCACGCUCCGCCUGGAAAACAUAUACACAGCCAUGCAGUGUUGUGUGUUUGACAAGCCCCUUCCCCUCACAACGCUGGAGCUCUGCAAUGCACACCUGGAGUCCCUUCAUCCAUCCAUCGCCCUCCUCACGCGUCUCACUCGCUUGGAUCUCCUCCGUUGGAUCCAUUUGAAGUGCCUACCAGAGCAGCUGACAGCACUGACGGCACUGCAGAGCCUGGCAGUGAGUGGGUGCCAGAGAGGAAGGUCUGGUGUACCAGGGUGCGUUGCACACAUUCUGCGUGGCAAAACGUGGUACUUUCCCCCUCCAGGGUGCAAUACUGUGAUGUGA